AUGCAACAGCGCGGAGACUAUAUUGAUGAAAAGGUAGGGAGCAUUCUAACCGAUUUGGGAUAUACGAAAACUCGACAUCACGACAAAUAUAAAAACAUCCAGCCGUUCUGGAACGAAGAGAUGCAUCGCCGUUGCAUGGCUGCUAUCUUUGAUUAUGGUUUAAAAGAAGCGUCUCCAAAAGUGAUCUAUCCUGCACUGAGGGAAUUUGACUCCAGUUUACGUCCCGAAAACAUCAAGUCACAUUUACAAAAAUAUCGAAGCAACUCGAAAGCAAAUCAAUUAGAGUAUCGCCAUUUCUUCGAGCGUUAUUUACGAAAGGUGCUUAAAGUUGCAAUGCGUCAAAAGCUUUUACAGUCCUCCCAAGCCAAAGAGGGUGAUAUCGAUUCUUCUAGUCAUGUGCGUGAUAUUCGCGACCCAUCCGCUCAAAUUUCUACUGCUCCCUUAAAUCCAUUAUCCGAGACAACACAAACUCUUUCUCCUGUAGCUCCCAUUGCAACAUCCACCUCGAGUGUUCUUCCAACCCCCUAUUCAAACUCAGUCGAUUCGAAUUCGCAUAGUGGCAUAUCUCCAAUAUCCUCGAGGCAAACUCUCAACGAGGACGAAGAUGAUCAAGGCAUGUCGUUUCACUUCCAAGAAGAUCCGUUUAUGGCUCACCAAGUGGCUCUCCACGACGAUAUAAUUAGCAAGCACAGUAUUCGGCAGCAGCGCAUGGGUUUGGAUGGAAUAAACAACGACAAUCGGUAUUUCCCGUUGCUGGAUUAUGAGUCGUUUUUUGAGAACGCGUCGGUGAUAGAAAGCGAGAAGCCGUUGGAGACGAAUGAGGCGGAGAUGGGCAAUCCUCUGUUUUUUCUGCAAGAGCCUGAGAAUUGA